CUGAAAGCACAACGUGUUUUGAUUUUGGAUCGGUCGACAACGAAAUCCACCCAAAAUAAUUGCAACUUAUUAAAUAUAAUGACAAUUUGGCAUUAUAAAACGGCAACCAAGUGUUUUAGGAGUUUAUUAAUUUAUAAACAUUGCUGUUAAAAUUUGAGCAUCACUGGCUAAAUUUUAACUAAAGCUUCGUUGAAGUUUGUCAAUGUCAAUUCGUUGCGUAGGCAAAGAAUUGCGCAUUAUUAGGAAAUAGAAAUCAUUGAAAGAAAUUUUUUUCUAGGCCUAAGUUUAUAAAUAACCAUAGCUAUGUCGGUGUACACAAGUAAAACUAGUGUUACAUCCAUAUUAAAGAGCUUCUCCAGUGUGGAUCGAGAGCGAGCAAAGACAGCGGCUCUCAAUAAGGUGCGAUUUGCCACACCAAAGGAGAAGGGUCUGAAGGAAUCUAUACGUGUUGCCCUGGAAGAGCAUGACUAUCAUUUAGUUCAGGAGUUUUCCUAUUUUCUAUGUGAAGCAGAUCUCUCAGAUGAAGAAGUGAUCCAAAUUAUGAACGAUGCUCGUAAAAUAUGCCACAGUCUAACUUCGAAUUUUGCUGGAGUUGUGGAGGCAUUACUUUCGGUUAACUGGCGUAAACGUUCGUCUGAAGCCAUUGAAGCCUACACAGAAUUUGCCAUUGAUAUUAUGGUUGCCCAUAGCACCUAUAUACCCAUUGGCAUUAGUAAAUUCAUUGUUCAUUGGGUACCAACGGAAAAUGAAUCAUCUGAGUGGCAAAUUCAUGGUUGUCCCUCAGAGAUUGUGCGCAACGAUCUCGAGACGGUGCAUAAAAUAUUGGAUCGUAUUCUCACGGCUGUACCCAUGUCCUUUGAUGUGGUUAUUGAUGCUAUAUCUGCUAAAUUCCCCUAUUUUAAGAAGCCAUCGUAUGUCACAGCAGGCUAUCUUUAUAAUAUACUGCGGCUCUUGGAGUAUAAGCCAGUUUUUGAGGAGCUUGUAAUGCAGCUGGUACUGCAGAAACUGCUCAUCUUGGAUGUGAAUGCUCCGCGUGAUGAAAUCGAUGUGGAAACCGACGAUGAAGAAGAUGACGAUGAGGAUAGAGAACCAGACAAAAUGGACGAAGACGGUAUAUUUCAAAUGGAUGAUAUACCAACUAAAUCGCCCUCUCCGCUAGCCAAGACCAUUGAUCAUCCAAUUGGUCAGACUCUGGACAUAUGCCUUGCGAUGCUAUACAAGUUCCUGGACACAAAAUGUCGCCUUGCGCCAACAACAAACGAAGAGCAACGUUGGACGGCCAAUCGCUUCUUUAAAAUGCUCUUAUUCAUCUUCGAUGAGGUUCUAUUGCCCAGCCAUAAUACAUGUCAUGUACAAUUUGUGAUCUUUCAAGUAUGUAGCUUGCGUCCUGCCUACGCGGAAGCAUUUCUAAGCUCCUUAUGGCUUAAGGUUCAAAAUCCAAAUGUAUCGUCCAUUAUACGGCAUGCGGCCGUCAGUUAUAUGGCUAGCUUUAUGGCUCGAUCCAAAUUUUUGCCUCUUAGUACCAUUAAAUUUUAUCUCACCGAACUAAGUAAAUGGUCUCUUCGGUAUAUUGACGAUACAGAUGAAUAUAAUAGCCAAAAUGGCUCAUUAAAGGCAAAUAUGGUAUUUUUUUCCGUCUGUCAAGCCUUGUUCUAUUUGAUUGCCUUUCGUGCCAAGGAUCUGACAGCUGGCACAAAAGAACUGUUGUUCCUUCAAUCGUUGCAAUUAUCUCGUCUGGCGAUGUGCCACUUGAAUCCUUUACGUUAUUGUCUUCCUCCAGUGGCCACCGCAUUUGCUGGUAUUACACGUACGCAUCAAUUGGCGUAUUGUCAUACUGUAUUGGAGCGAAAUGCUCGUCGCAAAUUGGCCACUGUCUAUGGUCAUGAUAAGGCCAUGCCGGAGGAAACCCUCGAAACUUUCUUUCCAUUUGAUCCGUAUUUGCUGAAAUUAUCCAACAAAUAUAUUGAGCCUCAUUAUCUAGUCUAUAAGGCACACGAUUUGGACGAAUCUGUGGAGUGUGUGGUGCCCGCUGUCGAACAAUUGCGCCGCAAACGCGGUGACUCCGAGAUGAUUGAGGAAGAUGACUUUAUAUUGGCCGAUAAGCGGCAACGUUUAAGCGAUUUGUCCAAGAGUCAAGAGUUUGACAAACAUUUCCAUUACGGCUCAUCGCCUGGUUUUAAUACCUAAGAAAUCUGUGCAAAACUUGUUGGAGAAGUAUUUUGAAAUAAACAUAUACACCAAGAAGAAUAUAUCUUCUUUUUAUAAAUCAA